AAUACUUUUCUAUACAGUAUAUAAUACUCUUUGUUUGUACCAACUAUUUUUAUACUGUGCUGAUGGUUUGCACUAAGACUUCCAAAUCUGUCUAAUAUUUUAAUGGGCAAUAGUUAUAGUCAGUCGAAUAUACCAGAUAGUUUAAAAAGUUCUCCAUAUUUCACAUUUCUUGCCAAGCUUUUUCAGGAUAUUUCAACAGUGAAAGAUGGUUCACAAAUUGGUACAAUCUCUGGGUUUAAGGAGAUAUUUCAACCUGAUGAAAAUGUGACCAUCAUUGAACUUCUUUUCAAAUAUUUUAAUGCCAUAGCAGGGAAUGUUCCUUGCCAGGAGUUGGAUAAACCAUCCUUUAUCAUAGGAUUUGACAAACUGCUAAAAUUAGAAUAUGGUUCUCAAGAUAUGGUGACAUUUUAUGUUGAGAUGCUUAGUGAUGGAAAAGAAAAAUUAGACUGUCAAGAUAUAGCAACCAUUCUGUCAACUACUUAUUCACUUCAACACAAAGAUAAAGUUCUUCAUGCUCCACAUUUUCAGGCAUUUGCAAAACAUUUGUUAAACCAAGGAAAGAACAACGUGAACACAGACAAAUUUGUAAAUGGAGUAUUUCAGUUAUGGCCAAGAAUAUUUAUUCCCAUUCAUUGCUGGAUUUUGAGUUCAUUAUCCAAACAAAGUUCAAGUGAAAUAGCUCUCCCUAAACAAAGGUGUACAAGAAUACAACUGCUGAGCCCAAGUUCCUCAGAUUCUAAUGAAAUACUGGAUUCACUUGAACUAUGGCUUCUUUCCAUUUCAAUUCCAUCACUUUUUUUAAAGAUCAACCAAAAGACGGAUAAGCACGAGGAAAGUUUUUCGAGUGAAUGGCGAAGACUUUACGAUAGCAAUGAGCAUGGACUUAGUCAUAACAGGUUUAAACAUCAUUGUUUUUCAUACCGCGAACCAACUGUGAUGGCAAUUUUCUUGGAAAACAACGUAAAACUUGUGCUAGCAAUGGAUACAGAAUGGAGAGAAUCCUCACGAUGCUUUGGGAGCAGUGAUACCCGUCUAUAUCAAGUUAAUCCAGAGUUUAAAAUUCUUGCUGAUAAGAAUAUCGUAUUAUUUAACGAAAAAAACCGAGGUCUUCCUGUUGGUCUUAUCUUAGGAAAUAACCCAAGUAAGCCGCAAGUAUCGCUACUUGAUGGCUUAACAACUGUAUCACUUGGUUAUCUGGGCGGACAGGAAAGCUCUGUACAAAGAAUACAGGUUUUUGGCUGCGCUGGUCUACGGGCAGAAACUGAUCAAAAACAACAACAAAAUUGGGAGAAACGACAGGCUGAACAAUUACAAAAGGUGAAACUUCCCGGGGCCUGGGAUGAGAAUCCUGACAAAGCCAUCUUGGAAAUGGCAGGAAUCACAACCGAGCAUGCGCGUAGAUAAAUAAUUUGCAGUGAACAGCAG